AUGUCAUCUGUACCACCAAAUCAAUACUACAAGGUCGGGGUGCUGCUGUUUCAAGGCGCAGAUAUCCUCGACUUUGCCGGUCCAAUGGAAGUACUCUCUCAUGUCUCGCACAACCGCAAUCCCGACAACCCGGACAGGAUGUUCGACAUCAAGACUAUCGCCCGCAGCCCAGUCAACCGAGCAGCAGGCUCACUAACAGUUCACGCGGAUAUCCUCCUGCCCGAAGCCCUCGAGCAAGUCUCAGAAUUUGACAUCCUGAUUGUUCCGGGUGGACCAUCUUCGAUUUUAGAGCCGCUUCUCGGUGACAACGUACCGGAGCUGGAUCUGAUCCGCAAAUUUGCGGCCCUUCCCCAGAGCUCAUCAGGCACCAGAAUUCUGUUUUCGGUUUGCACCGGUGCGUUCUUACUUGGUGCUGCCGGUGUUAUUACCGGAAUGACUGUGACAACCCACCACCGCGGACUUGACAGACUCCGGGAGAUAUGCGCUCGGUCAAAUGAUGCGGAGGCCGCAGCGACUAAUGUCGUGCAUAAGCGCUAUAUUGAUGGUGGUUUGCUGAGGGGUGGUAGUGUUAGGCUCAUUACGGCCGGUGGGAUAAGCUCGGGUUUAGACGCCACUUGCCACAUCGUUCGCGAAUUGACUACGGCUGAGAUGGCUAAUUUUGUGGUUCGAGUCAUGGAGUAUGACUGGCGUGAGUUUAGUGUAUGA